GAAUCACUUGGUAGCAUUGUCAAGUUUUACUCCCCAAAAUCCUCAAGAAAGACCGACACACUCGAAAGCACAUUCUCCAUUUCCGCUGUAUACCCAUUAAUGCUUGCAUUUCUGGACGAAACUGACUUGUUGACGUUGCAUGGAACCGACGAGAAAUCCCCGCGCAAAGACACCAAAAGCCUUCAGUUCACCGACUUGUCGAUGAACUUCGAGUACGGCGCAAUGCCAACACAAGGCCUCUUACUUGUCGAGAUAAAACCGCCGAUCAAGGUGCGCAGCGGAAGUAGACACGACCUCAUUAAACUUGCCAAUGAGAUGAAGGACUCGUUGGACCAGACGGUCGGAGAUGGCAUGGACGAUCCGAGUAUCGCUGUAUUAGCCCUACUGAUCGAAGGAUUCCGGAGCACUUUGUUUGUGAUGGAUCUGCAGUACCAAGGCGUAUAUCGGUUGAUACCCUUGUCCGUCUUCUACAUUCCGCGAGACGGCAACGAUCUCGUCGUUCUGUCAAGCUGCUACGAGGCACUUGGUACUAUGCAGGUAAAAGAUUUUUAGACGAGGAAGUUUAUUCUAUUUAUUUAGUACAAUGAAUAU